GUCAGGCUGGCAGCGGAGAAAACUGCGGUAGCGACACUCAACGCCUCGCCAUGAAGACGCGCUUUAGCACGAUUGACCUCCGUGCCGUAUUGGCGGAGCUGAAUGCUAGCUUGCUAGGAAUGAGAGUAAACAAUGUUUAUGAUGUGGAUAAUAAGACAUAUCUUAUUCGUCUUCAAAAACCAGACUUUAAAGCAACACUUUUACUUGAAUCUGGCAUACGGAUUCACACAACAGAAUUUGAAUGGCCAAAGAAUAUGAUGCCAUCUAGUUUUGCCAUGAAGUGCCGAAAACAUUUGAAGAGUCGGAGGUUAGUCAGUGCAAAACAGCUUGGUGUGGAUAGAAUUGUAGAUUUUCAAUUUGGAAGUGAUGAAGCUGCUUAUCAUUUAAUCAUUGAACUCUAUGAUAGGGGGAACAUUGUUCUUACAGAUUAUGAGUACCUAAUUUUAAAUAUUCUAAGGUUUCGAACUGAUGAGGCAGAUGAUGUUAAAUUUGCUGUUCGUGAACGCUAUCCAGUUGAUCAUGCUAGAGCUGCUGAACCUUUGCUUACUUUGGAAAGAUUGACUGAAGUAAUAGCCAGUGCACCUAAAGGAGAACUACUGAAGAGAAUUCUUAACCCAUUACUUCCCUAUGGGCCAGCUCUCAUUGAGCACUGUCUUAUAGAAAAUGGAUUCUCUGGCAACGUCAAAGUGGAUGAAAAACUUGAAAGUAAAGAUAUUGAAAAAGUACUCAUUUGUCUGCAGAAGGCAGAAGAAUAUAUGAAAACAACAUCCAACUUCAGUGGAAAGGGAUAUAUCAUUCAGAAAAGAGAAAUAAAACCAAGCCUGGAAGUAGAUAAACCAGUUGAAGAUAUACUCACGUAUGAGGAAUUUCAUCCUUUCUUGUUUUCUCAACAUUCACAAUGUCCAUAUAUAGAAUUUGAAUCAUUUGACAAGGCCGUGGAUGAAUUUUAUUCGAAGAUAGAAGGUCAAAAAAUUGAUUUAAAAGCUUUACAACAGGAAAAACAAGCACUGAAGAGAUUAGAUAAUGUCCGAAAGGAUCACGAAAACAGAUUAGAAGCUCUUCAACAGGCUCAGGAAAUAGACAAACUGAAAGGAGAACUCAUAGAAAUGAACCUACAGAUAGUUGACAGAGCCAUUCAGGUAGUUCGAAGUGCUUUAGCCAACCAGAUAGAUUGGACAGAAAUCGGGGUAAUCGUGAAAGAAGCCCAAGCUCAAGGAGACCCUGUUGCAAGUGCAAUCAAAGAAUUAAAACUACAAACAAAUCAUGUUACAAUGCUGCUAAGAAAUCCAUACUUAUUAUCAGAGGAGGAAGAUGACGAUGUUGAUGGUGAUGUCAGUGUUGAGAAAAAUGAAACUGAACCACCAAAAGGAAAAAAGAAAAAGCAAAAGAACAAACAGCUGCAGAAGCCUCAGAAAAAUAAGCCAUUGCUCGUUGAUGUUGAUCUCAGCUUAUCAGCAUAUGCCAAUGCCAAGAAGUAUUAUGAUCACAAGAGAAAUGCUGCCAAGAAAACACAAAAGACUGUUGAAGCUGCUGAGAAGGCAUUCAAAUCAGCAGAAAAGAAAACAAAGCAAACAUUAAAAGAAGUUCAAACAGUCACCUCUAUUCAGAAAGCAAGAAAAGUAUAUUGGUAAGUGUUCUCCCUUUUUAAAACUUAGUUUGUUUUAUCAGCAGUGUACAAUAUCUUAGGAGGCUGAGAAGAAGAAGAAAAAGAAAUAGGACUUAAAAGUAUCAUUUCUUAUUUGUCUUUUUUUUAAGGUGACAUCUAUGUACAUGCUGAUCUUCAUGGAGCUACUAGCUGUGUAAUUAAGAAUCCAACAGGAGAACCCAUCCCUCCACGGACACUGACUGAGGCUGGCACAAUGGCACUUUGCUACAGUGCUGCUUGGGAUGCACGAGUUAUCACUAGUGCUUGGUGGGUGUACCAUCAUCAGGUGUCUAAAACAGCACCAACUGGAGAAUAUUUGACAACUGGAAGUUUUAUGAUAAGAGGAAAAAAGAAUUUCCUUCCUCCCUCAUAUCUAAUGAUGGGGUUUAGCUUCCUCUUUAAGGUAGAUGAGUCAUGUGUUUGGAGACAUCGGGGUGAACGUAAAGUCCGAGUGCAAGAUGAAGACAUGGAGACACUGGCAAGUUGCACAAGUGAACUCAUCUCAGAAGAAAUGGAACAACUAGAUGGGGGUGACACUAGCAGUGAAGAAGAUAAAGAGGAAUUACAUGAACCUCCUGUAGAAGUAGAACUUGUGACUCAGGUUGACCAAGAGAAUCUUCCUGUUCAGAGUGGUGGUGAUGAACUAAAUGAGGAACUAAUUCAGGAAGAGAGCUCUGAAGAUGAAAGAGAAUCUGAAGUGAUUAUAAAAGAUCAGGAGCCUAUCAGUGAUAUGAAGGAUGAAAGAGAAGAGACAUUAGAGUAUCCUGAUACUACUAUUGACUUGUCCCACCUUCAGUCCCAAAGGUCCCUUCAGAAAUUGGCUUCAAAAGAAGAAUCUUCUAAUUCAAAUGACAGUAAAUUACAGGGCCGGAGACAUUUAUCAGCCAAGGAAAGAAGGGAAAUGAAGAAGAAAAAACUUCUAAGUGACUCAGGGGAUUUAGAAGCAAUAGAGGGAAAGGACAAAGAAAGUUCUGUACACAUGGAAACUCAGCAGAACACAAACAGAAAUGUUGCAGUUGCACAACCAAUGAAACGAGGACAAAAGAGUAAAAUGAAAAAAAUGAAGGAAAAAUACAAAGACCAGGAUGAAGAAGAUCGUGAACUUAUUAUGAAAUUGCUGGGGUCUGCAGGUUCAAACAAAGAAGAAAAAGGGAAGAAGGCGAAGAAAGGAAAAACAAAAGAUGAACCUGUGAAGAAACAACCCCAGAAACCUAGAGGUGGACCCAGGAUUUCAGAGAGCAUUAAGAAAGAAACUCCAGCCCUUGAGGUUUUAACUCAUGAGUUACAAGACUUAGCUGUAGAUGACUCACAUGAUGACAAGGAAGAGCAGGAUCUGGAUCAACAGGGAACUGAGGAAAAUCUGUUUGAUUCUUUGACAGGCCAGCCACAUCCUGAAGAUAUCAUACUAUUUGCCAUUCCAAUAUGUGCUCCUUAUACCACCAUGACAAACUAUAAGUAUAAAGUGAAACUUACUCCUGGAGUUCAGAAAAAGGGAAAAGCUGCCAAAACAGCCUUGAAUAGUUUUAUGCAUUCCAAAGAAGCAACAGCAAGAGAAAAAGACUUAUUCCGCAGUGUGAAGGACACAGAUUUAUCAAGAAACAUUCCUGGCAAAGUGAAAGUAUCUGCACCCAAUCUUCUGAAUGUAAAAAGGAAAUAGCUGAAAUGAAAUCCUAAAAUAUUUGAGAAGAGUCAAUUUUAUAGCCUUUUGGAAGUUCAGAGAUGAAAACACCAUGUAACAGGACUUCCACRUUUAAAAAUGAACUAAACAUUGCCUUGCUGUAUUCGCCAAAAUGACUUAAUUCUUGUUUUUUUCCAGUUUUAUAUAGAGGAAACACUGUCUGAUAGGAUUUCCUAAAAUAUUUGUGAAAAGUUAAAUGCUAAUUAUAUUCAUCUGUAGUUAUUCUCCAACAUUAUCUUGAAGUUUGGGAGGUUAAUAUUCAGUAUUCAUUUCAUGAUGUAAAGAAA